AUGCCGGCUCCGUACGCUGACAACAUGUACUCUGACAUGGGUCACGACGCCGCCUCCGUUGCUGGUGACGACCAUGAGAACCGUGAUGAAGCCUUGUCACCCGCUGACGGCUACUUCCACGCGUCGGAAUCCUCGGGCGCGGCGUCAUCUUCUCAUCAUGUCCCUGACCAUUACCAGCAGUAUCCCGCUGCGACACGACAGCAGCAUCACCAGCUACAGCAACCGCAACGCACAUCAUCCAAUGCACCUGUCGUGCCCAAUGUCCUUGUUGAAGAUCCCACCUUGCGGCAUGGUAAGGCAAAGGAGGCCGAAGAGGAGCGCUGGAUAAGUAACGGCGCCAGUCAGGCCUCGCCUGAAGCAGCCUUCACACCACACAUGGGAAGCAACGUCAUAUCGCAAGGAAUGCACCGUGGUGCGUCUACCUCCUCGGCCACGUACAUAGGCAAUAACCAUACGACAUCAGCUACGCCAGCUAGCCCUACAUUCGUCACCUCGCCCACCCAUCAUCAUCACAGGCGUAGCGUCGAAGGAGACGGCCCCCUUCUCUUCACCGGCCACAGUACCCGCCUCCCCUAUUCUCACACUCCCUCCGAGACAGCAGCUUCAGCAACGUCAACUUCCUUAAAUCACCCCACGCCUCGGUCUCAGACGCAUCAUCAGAACUAUUUGGACGCGCCACCUGCCUACACACCCUCCCCAUCAUCACCUUCGGCUGGCCAUUCCCAGGGCUAUCAGACAUUUGCACCUCCCUCAUCCGGUAGCAGCAACGACAACCAGGGCAUCAAUCAGGGCACAAUGGGCAUCCCUGAAGAACAUCAGGCACUGCUGCCUCGUCAGCCUGAGUCUAUGGGUGGCUCGCCCAAUGGCCCUCCUGCCUCUCGAUGGCAGCGAGUUAAUAACGCUGUUCAUUCUCCCAACACCAGAAAGAAUAUUCGAACACUUCUUGGCAUUGCGGUCGUCCUAUCUAUUUUCUUUGCCAUCUUUGGAGGCAUAUCCUUGAGCAGCGGCGGACCUCGGCAUCCCAAAAUCCCUAAAAUUAUCGACAGCGACCCAGUCAAAGAACCAAGCAUGGGUGGCGAACGUGACCUUGAGUGGCGGCCCCAUGGUUCCUGCAGAAACACGCCUCACAAAUUUGACAAGUCCAUUACAUCGCUUCAGUACGGCAGCGGCUUUUCUUUGGACAUUGUGCAGAGACCGGAGAGAAACCGCUACAAGAGAGGUCGUCAGCCUAAUGUUUCUGGACAACUCUUACUUCGCCCAACGAAAGAAUCAGGAGGCGGUGUCGAGAUUGAGAUCGUCUCUAAUGAUGAGAGGCUAAGACCCAGUACCGAGAUUCACGUGGACAAUGGCCAUCAAUCUAUCGAAAUUAUCUCUCCCCGGGCCCUUGACUGGUGGGACUACUCAGGUCCUACUCCUUGCAUUCAAAUGCGUGUCACUGUUUAUGUGCCUCACAAUGCUUAUCUUGAUAACCUUAAACUUGACCUUGUUCAUCUUGACGUUGACAUUGUCGAGGGCCUUGUUAUGGGCAUUGUGGACGGUCCCACCAUUAAAACUGUUGUUGGCGACGUCAUUGCUCCCCGUGCCAAUAAUAUCGACGACGACGUCGCGCCAUACUCGGUCCAAUCGCGACGAAUCAUCAUUGAGACUGUCAGUGGCAGCAUUAAAGGCUGGUUCCCUCUCUACGAUCUUCUUCAGGUCAAGUCUUCUUCUGGAGAUGUCGAGGCUCAAGUCGUCCCCAAGGCUGCUGACAAGAAAUCCGCCAGCGAAGCCACGCUCAAGGUUGAAUCAAUCUCUGGGGAAGUCAGACUAGAGGAGCCGUUGGCAUCUAGUCUCAGGAGCGGAAAGCUCGGAAAGAAGAUUCCACCCCGCGAGUAUCAGGUCGAGAUUGGUACGACAUCCGGAGGCAUCACCGCCGACGUUGUCAUGACUUCUUCCGCCAAAAUUGGAUCUGUUUCUGGCGACCUGACUCUCAAUGUGCUGCCCUUGCUCACCAAGAGCUCCGAUAAGACGAGCUUCAGCACUGACACCAAGAGCGGAUCGACUAACGUCAAUAUUUAUGAAGCAGUGGCAAUUGAGCUGCCUGACAACGCCAAGUCCCAUGCGAAAGACUUUGAAAUUCGCAAAACCGGUCGCCCAGUUCUCUACAACUUUGAUACCAAGCAUUCUUCCAUUAGUGGUGAUUUCAACCUUCACUAUCCCGCUACUUGGGUGGGCAAAUUCCGCGCCGAGAGCAUGUCUGGAGAUAUUUUUGUGUCCGGUAAAGAUGUCAGAAUUACUCGACGAAGCCGUGGCUUCGGAAAAUUUGUAGAAGGCGAAAAAGGUGAUGGUGCGUCCUUUAUCAAGAUGGGUACCAUGUCUGGCGAUGUGCAGCUGCAGGUUGGCGAGGAGUAA